AUGAGAACCUUCACUUUUGAAUUCACCACUCCAGACAACCUCAAGGAUUGGCUCAUUUAUCGCCGACAUCUGAUCGCACGAGAAAUGGUGGUUACCUUGUUGCUUGUCGAACACGGCGUACGUGAACUUGUACAGCGCGAAGAAAUGAUACAACAUAAAAUCAAGGGACUACAAAAGGCCAAAGCUAUUGAUGAUGACAAUGAUCAGCUACAGGAGGCAAAUCACGAGCUUGAAAUUGUUCAAAGAAAGCUUUGCCAAGAAGAACAUGCGUUAUACAAGGUGGAAUACAGGAUGAUGCUACAUGGUUUAUGCGUGACGAAAUGGCUCAGGAUUGCUCGAAACGACUUGGAUGUUGUAGUCGAGGUUGUGGUUGUUGCAGACAACGAUCAUUGUCAAAAAGGCAGAAAGGCAGGGGCCAUUGCACCACAGAAUGUUGGUGCUGCGCAAAUUACCGAGGUUUUGAGUUCUCCGAUGAUGAGAAGAAAAAAUUCAGGACUGGUCUGA